AUGCCGAAAUAUUAUUGUGAUUAUUGUAAAUCGUAUUUGACACAUGAUACAUUGAGUGUUAGAAAAUCACAUUUACAAGGACGUAAUCAUAUCAAACUAUAUUGUGAUUAUUAUGAAUUGAAAGCAAAAGAGACAAAUUUAUGGAAUCCUCUGGAUGUGAUUUAUGACAUCACAUUAGAUAAAAUCAAUACUUAUGAAAACCUGUUAAAAAGUAGUAAACAUAAUAAUAGUACCGAUGUGGAUGCUAUGGAUAUAGAUAAAAAUAAUGAUACUAAUGAUAAACUGAUAAAUCAAAAUUUCGAUGAGAAUGAAGACGAUGAUGAUGAUGCGAUUUUCUUGCCUCCGCCACCGAGUCUAAUAGGAUUGCCAAAUCCUCCACCAGCUGUUUAUAAUAAUACGAAGCAAUAUCAAAAGGCUAUAUUUAAUCAUACACAUAAGAAGUCAGUAUGA